AUGAAAGCAGAACAAGCAUACGAAGCGCUUCGCUCCGCGGCCGAGAAGGUCGCCGACACUCGACACGAACCGCACUCGGGCCGCACCGAAGCCUAUGAGGCGAUCGUCAAGGUCAUCGACGAGGAGCUCGCGCCGAAGCUCGACGACGUUUACGAGGCGCACCAAGAAGAACUCGCCGCGCCCGAGGACUACCGAGGAGGGAUCCUCGAGGAACUGCGGCGCGAGCGCGAGAAGCAAGAGAAGAAGUGGGACAUCGUGCACGACGACGCACACUCCCUCGAGGAGUGGGUCGCCAUCCUCGUGUGCGAGAUGGGGCCUAUCCCGUGGGGUGGCGAGGUCGACUCGCGCACCGCGCUGGUAAAGGUCGCCGCCGUGGCAGUCGCUGCAAUCGAGGACUGUGCUGUUCACCGCGAUGUCCGAGAGGUCGCACCAGGCAGCGCGCGCGAAGCACUCCGCCGCUACGGAUGGAGCUGUGAAGACAUCGGCGGGGACUACCGCGACUACUGCGGCGCUUGUACCGAGCUGCGGCGCCAGGCCGAAGAGGCCGAGGAGGAAGGGAAGUGA